AUGGUUCAAGCAACGGGAGAAGAACGCGCUGUACACCUGGCCCGAGAGGCUGUCGAACUGGUCGACGCGGGUCACCGAGAGGCUGCUUCUCGUAAUCUUAGAGAGGCCCUUUCGAUCGCUCCUGAAAAUCCUCAAGUGAAAGCUGCCUUCCUGAAAGUUCAGCAUGAAGACAAAGACGGUCACCAGCUUCUCGAUCUUUGCCGCCGAUACACCACACAGAAAGAUGAAAAGGCAGGCAAAGAAGCUGCUAUCUAUCUUCGGACAGAUGGCCUGAAAUCCCCGGAAACUGUCGCUUUGGAAUGCCUCAAAUUGUUGCUCGCACAGCGCCCGCACUCUCUCUCGACGACACAAGAUGAGAUCAUAUCUGGAUUGGUGCGACAGAAUGUCAGUGUUCGACAAUACUUCUCUACAGAGCUUCAGACUUCUGUCACAACAUUCUUCGAUGAGAUUUACGACCGAGGUGAUGGAGCAGCGGUGUGUCUGGACACCGUGGUACUGGACCCCACCGUGUGGACAUCGGAGGAAACACGAUCCCACUGCGAGAGCGAACUCUUCCAGCUUUUCAUUGCCAAGCUGAUGGAAUCAGGCCAUGAUCUGGAUGGACGCUCUUUAAAGGGAAUUACUCGACUACUCGCUGUUCACGCUGUUGAACUCGAGCAUUUGAUCGACGAUGAAGGGUUCGAGGUGAUCCUAUCAUCCUUAGACAAUCGGUUGCCGCUAGAAGUUCGGAGCCAGGCGACCUUGGCUACUGCGAAAUAUCUCGAGGUGGCUAAAGAGACGGGCGAAAAGAAAUUUUUGACAUUGAUUAUGAAUAUCCUCGGCAAAGGCCGUGUCAGCGAUCUGAUCGUUGCUUUCUCUGCGGUGGCCGCCGUCUUCCCCGUGGCUCCCUCUGCAGCUGCCAACCUCUUCUUGUCGGAAGAAUUCAUGGCAUUCCUCCUCCCGAUGGCAUCGCGAAAUCCCAAGAGCAAAAAAGUGGAACUUCCCGUUCUGGAGCUUCUUAAUGCGGCUUGCAUUAACCGUCCGUGCCGCGAGGCUGUUUCAAAGAAAUUUGGGGAAUGGUUAUCACAUGUCCUGACUAAUGGAAGUGAUGAUUGCUCGGAAUUGGCUGCAGUGACCCUGGCAAAGAUUCGGGCAUCCGAGCCUGAGAAACCCUCGGCUGGCAACGGUAAGGUCUUGGAACAAGACAGCGAGUCUGAACUAGUUCACCGAUUUAUGGGACUGAUGUCUGAACAAAAGGUUGAACACAACUCUCACGCAAUCGAAGGAUUGGCUUAUACUUCGGUAAAGCCGUCCGUUAAGGAUCAACUUGCCAAUGAUCCGGUUUUCCUACGAAACUUCAUUGCGGCUAUGAAACAAAACACCGGCGACUCAUCCGUGCUCUAUGGCGGCUUGAUGGUCGUUUUAAACCUCACCAAAUUCUUACCCAACCUAUCUGAAGAGCAAAAGAAGAUGGCACAGCUGAAGGACUACGCGGACCCAUCUACCGCGAAGACAGCACCAGCAAUCGAUAUUCGAGACGAAGAGGAAGCUGUCCUGAGACGAUGUGGGGCUGUUAUCGACGCAGGAAUCAUGACUCUGCUUGUUGAGUGCGGCCGGCUUUCGUUGCCUUCCACCAAUGAGCUCACGGCAAAGAUUCUACAGAACCUGACUAGGCCUCAAAAGUCCCGUGGAACACUGGCCCAGCAAGGCGCCGUGAAGCUGUUACUUGGCCUUGCAGCCCCGAAGCAGAGUAGCUCUGGCCCUGUGACAAACGAAACGACACGCAUUGCAUCCCAUGCGCUGGCUCGCAUCCUUAUCUCCGUUGACCCUUCACAUGUUUUCCCAUCCUCCGGAUUUCCCCAGGUUACCUCUGCCGUCCGUCCCCUUCUAUCUCUCCUCUCAUCGCCCGAGACGGCCUCGUUCUCCGCCGACCAACCUCGCGACCUACUCCCAGUGUUCGAAAGCCUCCUAGCUCUGACGAACCUUGCUUCAUAUCCCCAUGACGACUCCGCACCCGAACUCAUGGUCCGGGAAGGCUGGGCUGCGGUGGAAGAUCUCCUUUUGUCUAGCAAUGCUCGGGUUCAGCGAGCUUCCUGCGAAUUGGUUUGCAAUCUGAUGACUUGCGAGUCCGGUAUCAUUAAGUUUGCGGAUGGCUCCAAGCAAGCGGCCCAGCGCCUUCACAUUUUAUUGGCUCUGACCGAUGCCGAUGACGCUCCGACACGACGGGCUGCCGGCGGAGCUCUUGCGAUGUUGACGGAGUUUGAUGCUGCCAUAGCUGCUGUCCUGGACCGACCACGAGGAGUUGAACUACUCUUGGGAUUAUGCCAGGAAGAUGAUGAUGCCCUGGUUCACCGAGGUGUGGUCUGCGUUCGCAACUUUACUUGCCUCGCGACAGGUGACAUAGGUACCCGCGCCAAAGCCGCCAUUCGUGCUGCCGGAGGCAUUGAUAUUCUCACUGCGUGUCUCAAGAAAACGAAGAACCAAGCGGUGCUACAGGCUGGGGUAGAGGCCCUGAAGCCACUGAUUUAA